AUGCUAACUUUUGAAUUCUCUUGCCCUGGAAUAGUCAAGUCUCGCAUCAUUGGCGUGCGCCUCAUAUCCAUGGCCAUGACCGGCUUCUUCUACCAAAUGUCCAGGCCGAGAACCUCGACUCCGUUAAGCAUGCUCAAAUACGACCCGAUAGGUGCGAACGAGCCCCUGCUCCAUCACCGCCUCUCACUCCCCCCUUAUCGAAUGCGAAGAAAAGUCUUGUUCCUCGAACAAAAACGAAAAUCAAGCAAGUGA